GGUACUUCGGACAACUGGAAAUUGCUUUUCAUCGUAUACUUACGAAAAUAGAGCGAGUUUAUAUAGGCGUUAAGCAUCACGGCCGUUGCUGGUGAAUUGUGACGUAAUUCUGGUUUUUCUUAUAUUUGGGCCAAUAUUAUUGUUUUUGUUUUGUCAGACGUGGCAAGAACAAUAUCUCAGUGUCUUCUGGAUGGCCUGAUACUGACGAUAUUGCAGAAUAAAGAAACUACAAGAAAUUACCCCUCGCAUCGUGAAACAAGCGCCGUGGUGACACCUCAAACCCACGUAUGGAUGUACUUAACUUAAUUUUUUCAAGAUUAUUAAAGAUGUUCAGAGUUCAUUUUGGCCACAUAUAGCAAGACGAAUGUCUCAGCUUCCUGUAGAUACCGAAUAUUGAUAAAUAUUCCAGAAUUAAGGAGAUACAAAAUAAUCAUGAACUCUUGCAGACAUUUAUCCAUUUAUCACAAGUUUUCUUAUCUCUCUGAGAAAUUUGUAAUACUUGUUGUGCUCUCUGCUUGGGGUUUGGGCUUUGCUGGUGCACCUGUAUAUUUCACAAAUAACCAUAAUUGUUGACACACUGGUCCCGGGACCAGACGCGGGCAAACAAGGAGGUCACCAGAUGAUUCGUGGUUACAACAGUGAGUCACUGCACACGUGACCACACACAACUUAUGCAUCCAGGAUGAGUAUUUCAUUAAUUCGGGUGAAAGGCCCCAGUGAGGACGAGUUUGUAGAACAGCACAGCAAUCAGGAGAUACCUAUAUCUCCACCAGUUGUCUUGGGAAGAGGAUCUCUGUUGAAGUGUGGUGAAAAAAGAGUGUCUCGAAGACAUGCUUACCUGGACUGGGAUGAUGAUGGGGUUCUCAUUACUUCGGUUCAUCAAAGCCCAACCUACAUUAUGGUUAGUGGUGAGAAAGAAAAGUUAACUGAAGGAAGUUCUAAGCUUCUUGCACAUGGAGACAAAUUUGGCUUAAUGAAGACUAAUUUCUGGUUCAAAAUUAACAUACCAAGUGCUACUCUUAAAGGUAAUGAAAAGAAAGAAGCUGAAAUCUUACACAAUGAGGAAAUUUCUUGUAAAGAACCAACACAAACCGGAAAGAAAAUGAAAAAGGACAAUGAUUCAACAGCUGAUAAAAAUGUAAAGAAUAAUAUGUACCAGUCCAGAGAAAGGGAUGUAGACAGUGACUCUGUUCAGAAUUCUGGCACUCAAGGUGUCCCAUCUGAGCAGGAAAAGACAGAAAACUCUCAUAACAAUCUUGAUCCAAAGGAGGAAGAUACAUCACUUAAGAUGAAGAAACCUGUGACUGAGAACAUAGCUCAAGACCAUCCCUCUUGUAAUGAAGGUGAAGUUGCUUAUUCUAAAGUCACACCAGAGGAAAUAGAAGCAGCUGUAUCUACAAGGAAGCGAGAUUUGCCCACAUGGAUGGUUAAUUGUGAUGUGUCUAAAGACAAGGGAUGCCCAAGAGAAGACACAUACUUACUCACUCGUGGUGGCAGACAGAAGACUUGUUCAACUCCUUCAAGAAGAAAAAGAGCUGAUGACAGUAAUCUAUCUGUGGCAUCUCAAACAAACAAAAAUACUACACAUAUUAACCAUCUGUCAACCAGUCCAGCCACAAGAGGAUCUUCUAAAUUAAAUGAUGUUGAAGGAACAACAAAAAACAAGAAUUUUGAAACCAAUUGUGUUACACCAAAGAAAAAGAAAAACAAAUUGAGCCAAGGGAAGGGAGUGGGUUCACCCAAAAAAGCUGUUUCUCCAAGGAAACUUGGGACCAGAAUUCACCACGAUAUAAGUGAGGAGAGUAAUGAUGAUUUACCCAUCACUGUUACUACUGUUCGGGAAAAAAAAAAAAAUAGUCCAGAUAAAACCAACCAGAUACCAGCUAAAAACCACAGCAGUAAUUCCCCAAGUAAAGCCCAUGAUGUGAGUGAAGAUGAGGAGGACAACUUGAUUGAUGAGUCAACUAAUAGUUCAUUUAGUGCAGAGGCCAAUUCAUCAGCUCCACCCACUACAUCUACUGUAGCAGAAACAGCUGUUCCCAAGAGAAAAAAAGCUCCCAGAAAAUCCUGCCAGUAUGGAGGCAAAUGUUAUAGGAAAAAUCAGAAACAUCGAGAAGAUUUUGCCCAUGAAGGAGAUUCAGACUACAAUAAGAACCUCUCUGACCCAGAAGACUCUGAUGAUGAACUGCCUCAGUGUGAAUUUGGUGUAAAUUGUUAUCGGAGGAAUUCUCGGCACCGUAGAGACUUUCGCCACAGUAGGGUCCCUCAGCCGCAACGUCGAGUGAAAAGAAAAGCACGGCAACAGCAGUACGAGGGAGGGAGUGAAUCCGAUGACUAUGAUUAUGACGAUCCAUUCUUAAAUGAGGGCAGUUCAGAUGACUACGCACCAACAGACUCUGGCUCAGACUCUGCCAUGGAAGCUGAGCAAGGGGAGGAGGAAGACACUACAAGAAUGUUGAAAGAAGCCAAAAAGUUUGUGAGGAAGAAAUAAAUGUUUGUGAAGGUGUUUUAUGUACUGUACAGUAUAGCUAAACCAUUUUAUGUAAUGGUAGUGAUUAUGGGGGUUUGGGUAAAUUGGAAUAAGUAAACUUUCGAACUGUUUACAUAAUUUCAUGGAGUUUUGGGGGAGAGAUUUGUUAAAGCAAAACUGAGCUUUGAUUCUUCAGUGUGUUGAUGUCCCAUUUAUAGAAUUCAAUCUGUGGCUAUUUGUGACUUCAGAAAAUUGAACAACCCUUUACCAGUUUUCUUUGUAAAAGGAUACUGCUUUUUUAUCAUCUUUUAGAACCAGUUUAUAAAUGUACAUUUACAAAUAAAUAUACAAGUACUAUACACAAAUGGUUGAGCAUAUUAUAGGAAGCAUCAAGUAGAUUUGGUAAUGAUGGCUUGAUUAGGUGUAGUUAAGAAUAAAGGCAAAGAAAGAAUUUGAUUUGUGUUUGUUACAAGUGAAAGUAUGAUUUUAUUUUUUUAUGUCUUGUUUAAUAAGGGUUGAGGAUGAAGGGUUAAUAAUUCAUGAGGACUGAUACUCUCCUCUUUGUACCUCACCUAGUUUAACAUGAGGCCCUUCAAGGUGCUUUUGUUGUACUCCAUUUAAUUUCACAUGAGGUAACUUGCUCUUGUUCCCAUGUAGUUAGGGAAGCAGUAAAUAAGAAACACUUUUCCUAAUAAGUAUAGACAUUUCACAUUCACCGGUUACCUUUACAGGUAAAUCAUUUUAUAUCCAGGAAAAGUACAGUACUGUACUGGUAUAUUUAGUUCACCAUACAUGUUUUGUACAGAUAUUCAUUCUCCAUGUUUCUCACCAACACCAAAUCUAAAAAAAAAGAAGACAUUCUAUACAUUAACACUUCUUGCUUCCUUCUCAUAUUCAUCUUCUGACAAAUUUUUUUUUUUCCUUCACCUUCUUCUGUACUUGUACUACUCUUUGUCUUUUAAUACUUGAUAAGACUAUCAAGGACAGGAGGGCUCCUACACAGGCACUGGCCUUCAUACCUUGGCAUGGCCACCUCUAAUUUUGGUGACCAUUGGGUAAGUAAGGUAACAUAAUCAACACUGCGGCUGCACUUGGGUAAUUUCCAGUAAAAAAAAAAAUGUGGUUUGUGUCAUGUUUAUCCUUGACCUUCUCUACUUCCACUGAUGUACGGGGUCUCUUCCCUGUUAAAUAAAAGUAUCUAGCGGUAGAUGAACAUACUGUAAUAUUAAAAGCGGUGUCCCCUCAGUGAAGGGGUUAACCCACAAAUGGCUACACCUACUCUAUACAAUCUUAAAUUUAUAUUCUGUACUUUCAGUCUUUCCUUUUGUCUGAUAGUUAUCCUUUAGCCAUCAUACACUUUAACUAAAUACUUUAUACAGUACUGUACCAUAUAUUACAACACAUGAAGAUUGUCUCUUGUGAAGGAUGAAAUGUUCUAAAUGAUUACAGUAUUAUUAUGUCUGAUGUAUAACACAAUUCAUUGCCUAAAUGUUACUGUACAGUUAAUUCUUGAUGAAUUAAAAAUAUGGAUAUUGUAUUA